AUGGAACAACAGAGUCCGAACCGUAAGGUUAUAGCUUUAGCAGCUGUCAGAGAAAAGGAUUCGGAUUGUCGAGAUGCGAAAGCGGCCCAACACACUCCCUCUGGGUCACAGAUCCACCCUUCUAAACCAAUCGAUGCUUCACAUACAACUGCAUCACAGAAAAAGGGUGAAUCCAUUUUUGCAAGUGCCAGGCCCAAGCCAAGAAUCAUCAGUCCGGGUCAGUGGUCGGGCUUUUCUGCUAACCUUGCCAAAGUAUCUGCUGUAGCAUCAGUUUCAAGAUGUGGAGUUCAAGAUUCUGCCAAAUUGCUAUCUGCUUCAGUGAGGCAUUUAUACGGAUUUUGCCAACCCACAAAUCCCACUGCUGCUUAUAAAGAUGUUACCAUUGCACCUAGCGUGUGGUUAAUUAGGCAUCUGCAUGCGAGUCGGGAGCUUCUCGCCAAGAGAAAGGAGGAUGAUUCAUUGCGUUUAAAAAAUUCUAAGCGAGUGAAAUCCUUCAGCGGCAAGUUCUCCAAGAGAAAAAAAGAGAACAAACCUCCGGUCGAAACUCCUUAUGUGCCUCCCAAGCUGAAAAGGGCUGCCAAGUCUUUGCCGGAUAAGACGAUUGAAAUAUUCGAAGGCAUUACUAUUGGGGAGCUUGCUAAACGUUGUGGAGAGUCUAUACCGACCAUUCAAAACAUAAUCAUGAACGUUGGUGAGAAAGCCGAUUCAGAGAUUGACGGUCUCAGCAUCGACAUAGCUGAGCUGGUUGCAAUGGAAGUCGGGAUCAAUGUUCACAGGCUACAUUCGGAUGAGGGCGUGGAGAUCCUGCCACGGCCACCGGUGGUCACCGUCAUGGGCCACGUGGACCAUGGGAAGACGUCCCUUCUGGAUGCCCUCCGCCAGACAUCCCUUGCCGCUAGGGAGGCUGGCGGCAUCACCCAACACUUGGGUGCAUUUGUCGUGGGUAUGCAGUCGGGCGCAGCCAUCACGUUCCUCGACACGCCUGGUCACGCUGCCUUCAGCGCAAUGCGAGCUCGGGGGGCUGCGGUCACUGACGUCGUAGUGCUCGUGGUGGCCGCAGACGAUGGAGUGAUGCCCCAGACCCUCGAGGCCAUGGCCCACGCAAAGGCCGCCGGUGUUCCGGUUGUCGUUGCCAUCAACAAGUGUGACAAGCGGGACGCAGACCCGGAGCGAGUCAAGGUCCAACUGGCAUCUGAGGGUUUGAUGCUGGAGGAGAUGGGCGGAGAUGUCCAGGUCGUAGAGGUGUCUGCAGUGAACAAAACUGGGUUGGAUCAGCUGGAGGAGGCCCUUCUCCUCCAGGCCGAGCUUAUGGACCUCAAGGCUCGUGUGGAUGGCCCAGCCCAAGCCUAUGUUGUUGAGGCCAGGGUCGACAAGGGCCGAGGUCCACUGGCCACUGCAAUCGUCAAGAAGGGGACGCUUGUCUGCGGUCAGGACAUCGUGGUUGGGGCCGAGUGGGGGAAGAUCCGGUGCAUACGGGACAUGUCGAGGAAAAUGAUCCUGCGGGCCACCCCUUCCAUGCCGAUCGAGAUCGAGGGCCUGAAGGGGCUCCCAAUGGCCGGGGACGACAUCAUGGUUGUCGUGUCUGAGGAGCGGGCUAGGAUGCUGAGCGAGGGAAGGAAGAUGAAGGAGAGGCGGAAGCUGGAGGAGGAGGGUCUGGAGAAAUGGAGGCUGGAGGGUGAGGAGCAUAGGAGGCUGAGGCGGGAGCUGAAGCUGAAGGAGGAGGAAGAGAGGAAGGGAAAGAAGACGUUGGAGGAUGAAAACAAGGAGAGUGACGGUAAUGAUUCGGAGGAGGAAAGCAAGACGGUUGAGGUCCCGAUCAUUGUGAAAGGUGACGUGCAGGGGACCGUGCAGGCGGUCAGUGAUGCCUUGAAGAGUUUAAACAGUCCACAGGUUCUUGUGAAGGUCAUUCAUGCUGGGGUGGGUCCUGUCUCGCAGUCGGAUGUGGACAUGGCAAAGGCGUGUGGCGCGUGUAUCGUGGGGUUCAAUGUUCGGGAUCUGCCUCGUGCAGUCAGCCAGGCAGCAAGCCAGGCCAAGAUAAAGAUAGUACUGCACCGUGUGAUCUACCAUCUCCUGGAGGACAUCGGAAACCUGAUCGUUGAGCGGGCCCCGGGGACCCUGGAGACUGAGGUGGCAGGUGAGGCCCAAGUGCUCAACAUAUUCGAGGUCAAGGGGAAGGGGAAAGGCAAGGGGGAGGAUUUCAAGAUCGCGGGAUGCCGGGUGGUGGAUGGCCGGGUGAGCAAGUCGGCCACGCUGAGGCUCCUAAGGAGCGGGGAGACUUUGUUCGAGGGCUGUUGCGUGUCUCUCAAGAGGGAGCAGCACGAUGUGGAUGCUGUGGGCAAGGGCAACGAGUGCGGCCUCGUCAUCAAGGACUGGACCGACUUCCGGGUUGGGGAUGUCGUGCAGUGCCUUGUCAAAGUCAAACGAAAGCCCAAGUUUGUGUCGUCUGAGAGCGGGGCCGUCCGUAUCGAGUGCUGA